GCACAUAAAACCGGCGAAUUUUGGGAGUGUCCCCACUGAAAUUUCUUCGGCGUGUAGUUCUUUAAUACGAUCUGUUUCGUUCUCUUCAUUUGCACAAUCCUACCAAGCGCACGAUAUAAAAAACGGCGGCAUUUCACCGAAGUCGUCAGUUCAACAACUCCAGCCAUUCCUUCAUUGUUCACUCAUUUAAUCUACAUAGAAUUCAAAAUGUACAAGAUUUUAGCUCUUUCUGCUUUGGUGGCCUGCGCCGUCGCCAUCCCAAUUGAACACGCCUCUUCUUACGCCAGUGUGCAUCAUCAUGAGCUGCAUCAUGCCGCCCCCAUUGCUGUGGCUCAUGCCGCCCCUAUUGCUCUGCACGCCGCUCCCGUUCACCACGAAGAAGUUUACCCCGACCACCACCCUAAAUAUGAGUUCAAAUAUGGCGUCGAGGACCACCACACUGGUGACAAAAAGAGCCAAUCGGAAGUCCGCGAUGGUGAUGUAGUGAAGGGAGAAUAUUCUCUUGUUCAACCUGACGGCACCGUCCGUAAUGUACAUUACUCAGCUGAUCAUCAUAAUGGCUUCAACGCUGAGGUUUCAUACUCUGGCCACGCUGCACACCCUGAGAAAGCUAUCGUAGCCGCCCCAGUUUAUCAUCAUUAAUAUUUUUAGUGAUUGAUAUAGGGGGUGAGGCUAUUUGAGCAAGUAUUCGUUCGCAUUUUGAUGUCUAAUUAUUGAAUAUGAUGAUUG